GGGGGUCAGUGAUAUCUAAAUAGACUGCAAACAAGACAAGACAGCUCAAGAGAUCUCCGUGACAAGAUCUAAAAUUUCUUGUGAUAAACUCUAUUUUGUCCUCGCUCCAAUUGAAAAUGCUUCGAACAACUGAUCCUAAGAUAGGCUAAACUCCGACGACCGACGAUUUCCAUUUUUCUUUGAACGAAGACCAAAUCAUCGUACCAUUAAGAGACCUACAACAAUACCACUUUCUAAAUUACCGCAACAGGGAAACGAGACUAUCUUCUAGCCCUUUUGGUGGAAGUAGAACCUUCGAAAAUGUCAGCACCAGCCGCUACUUUUGAGAACGCCGUUGAGCCGAAGCUCUUCGGAAAGUGGGAGUUCAAUGACUUGCUCUGUACUACUUACUGCUUUUUGCGUUUGGAGAUUUUUUGAUGCUGGUUGAUAAUCUAAAGAUUUGCUUUUGUGGAGGAAAAAAUGACAUAUGGAAAGUAAGAUGACUUUCUCGAGAACCUGCUAUCAACGAAAGCAAACAAAGGGCACCUCAUAAGUGAAUAUUCAAAAUCUAAAAACCAAUCCAAACAAAUAAAUAUCAGGCGCCGAGAUCUCUUUGGUCGAUUACAUCAAGACCAGCCCGGGACACAGCAGCGUCAGCGGAAUCUACGUUCCGCACACUGCCGGUCGCUACCAGCAGCGCCGAUUCCGCAAGGCUUUGUGCCCGAUCGUCGAGCGCAUCGCUUGCUCCUUGAUGAUGCACGGUCGCAACAACGGUAAGAAGUUGAAGGCUGUCCGCAUCGUCAAGCAGUCCUUGGAGAUCAUCUCCUUGUUGAACCCGGAUACCAACCCGGUUCAGGUACAACUAGGACAACUUGUGAAUUUUGCAUGGAUAUGACUUAGCAGCUGUCUACUGAUGAAAUAUGGUUGUCACAUUCGAAGAUCGCAUCAAUUUUCAGCAACUCAUUUUCCGUAUCCACCAUAUGCUCAUCUCAUUCACGGCUAACUAAACAGGUCAUCAACAUCUUCUAAAAAAACGCCUCUUGAUCUUUUACUAAACAAAAAACAGAUCUUGAUCGAUGCCGUGAAGAACGGUGGUCCUCGUGAGGACUCCUGUAAGGUCGGUUCUUCCGGUACCGUCCGUCGUCAGGCCGUCGAUGUCUCCCCGAUCCGUCGUGUUAACGAGGCUAUCCACCUGAUCACCACUGGUGCUCGCCUCGCUGCCUUCCGCUCCAUCAAGAGCAUCGCUGAGUGCUUGGCCGAUGAGCUGACCAACUGCGCCAAGGAAUCCUCCAACAGCUAUGCGAUCAAGAAGAAGGACGAGAUCGAACGUGUCGCCAAGGCGAACCGUUAAGAAUCUUUCUCGGUGUUGUUUCGAUUGGAUCGACGUAUACUGGAAAGGAGAAGCUUUGCUUUUGCGGAGUAUUUGUCAUUGUGGAGCAGCGUUGGAUUCACGCAGAGGAAGGGAAUCUAAACAACAGAAUUCUUCGAAUCAUCAUUGCAGAGGAAGAACAUUUUGAGGAUGUGGAAAUGAGGAGGAUAUGUGACACAAUUGUGUCAACUGCAUGUCAUGAUGAUGUGAAUCUGUGGCUACAGGAUGAGACUGCAUAUCAGAGAUGUAGUAGUUGACUUUUCUAAAGAAAGCUGCUGACAUAGAAAGCAAGGUUCUGGAAAACGUACUCGGGUGAAGGCAACAACGUCCCGCGCCGUCCUUUUGAGGGAGAAAUCACGUGUCUAUCUUCGCGCUCACGUGAUGGAGAAAGAUGAGUACCAGGAGCACAGACGAGAAUUUGAGAUCUUAAAACGUGAGAGACCGCCGGAAAAAUCUAAAUCUUUGAUGGUGCAAAUAUACGAUCCUGCGGAUACAACAGUGAUUGUAAGGAAC